AUGCGUUCUCCCCUGAAGUCGGGUGAAAGCCUCUGUUCAGGAGACAGUGGAGCUGGAGGCCAUUAUUUUGGCAUCGGAAUCGACAGCUGUCUGUAUCGUGUACAUUCACGAAGAACUGGCGCCAAAGACAAUCACUUUGAUCUAGAUGAUCAGCUGAGUUUGCUGGUACGGGCGAUGCCUUCAAAGUUGGCAAAAACGGAACCUACAGACGACCGCAGCUGGACGGCUUGA